CAUCUUGUGCGAAUCGUAGCAUCCCCACAUUCUCUCCUUUGCGGCGCAAUUUUGUUUUGGAGGCGUGAGUGCGGAGGACACAGACUUGAUGCGGACGAUGGCUGGUGCUGGUGUUGAUGGUGCUGCGACUGGACGUGCGAACAACACAGCAACAAGGAUGAGCAUGAUGAGGAUACUGGCCGUACUUGGGGUGAUGCUGCUGGCUGCCACGGAAGCGCAGGCAACCGAUGCUGGCUUGGGCGUGCUGGACGCUGGAGACGCUGCUGAAGCAGCAGCAGCAGCAGCGUCAUCAGUCUCAACACCGGCGGACGACACGCCAAACGGGGACGGCCACCUCUGCUACCGCGGAUAUGCGCCCUUCAACGACAAGACAUGCAUGUCCCUGGACCUGCAGCUGCUCAUCGGCACGCCGGAGGAGUGCGCAGCCCACUGCGUUCGCCAGGGGCCCAAGUGCUUCGCCUGGACGUUCAGCAACACCACCCUGCCCAACGGAGACAUCAUUCCCGCGUGCAAGACCGGGUACUGCCAGACGGUGCCCGGCGAGACGGAGCACGUGAGCGUGGGCUGCAUGCGCGCGGUUCCGGAGGAGAUGCGCGUGAGAGAGCGGUCCAUGCUGCUGCCCAUCGACUCGCACCGCCACGUCGUGUCUGUCACGGUGGACUCGCAGCUGGCGCUGGCCGUCAUCAACGAUUCGGCCAUCAGCACCUUCCUCUUCAACAGCACGGGGUUCACCUUCCAGGCGGACAUCAACACAACCGCGUUUGCACCAGAGGACUUUCCAAUGGACACGGCCGCCGUGAGCCUCGGUGAUGACCGUGUUGCCAUCAUUGGUGGCGCCUUCAGGCCAUCCAGCACCACGCGCCCACCCACCACCACAACCACCACAACCACUGCAAACCGCACCACCACAGUCACCACAACCACCACCACAACCACAACCACCGCAAACAUCACAACCACAACCACAACUACCACCACAACUACCACCACAACAACAACGACAACAACAUCGACAACAACAACAACAACCACCACAAACACUACAACCACCACCACCACCAAGUCAACACCAACCACCAAGGCCGACCGCAACCGCCGCAGUGCCAUGUUGGGCGAGCACUCCAAGCCAGCGGCACUGCCCUCCGUAUGGGACGGCGUUGACGCGGCGUAUGAGGAGCGUCGCAUUGGGCCCAUCGCCAGCAUGCUCGUGUACUUCUUCCGCAACGACACAUGGCUGACGGUGACGCCGCCAUCCCUGCCGGCACUUGCUGGCCACGCCGCCGUGCGUGCAAGCAACGGCUCCCUGUUCAUUGGGUUUGGGCGCAGCAACACCACCGCCACAGAGCGUUGCUUCUGGGAGAGCCGUGACGACGGGUGGACGUGGGCCCCAAUCCACUGCCCGGUCGGCGCGCACGACUGGCCGCUCGACUCUGCUGCCGUCGUUGCCCUGGGGAACCACCUGCUCGUCGUGGGCGGCAGGCUCCAAGACGGAUCAGCCAGCGACAGGAUCUGGCUACGUGACUCGAAUGACGGCACAUGGGGCAUCGUGGGGCUGCUCGUAUCUGCUGCGCCGCGUCCGACUGCGCUGGCCCUCGACGCCUCGCUGGUGAUGGUCUCCACGGGCCGAUCGGCAGACGUCUUCCUCUACUCCAUCACCAACAACGGCACCACCCUCGCACAGUACCCCGCUGGCUUCACCUCCUGGGCAUCAGAGUCCACGGACGUGGCCGAUGUCGCUGUCGGCACCGCCAUUGUGACCGAUGCAGACACGGCGUCUGCGUGGGUGUACACGAUGGUGCAUCCACCAAGCCCGCCGCACAAGCACCUCAAGCCCUGGGCUGCGCGCCACGCGUUUGCGGUGGUGAUUGGCGUGUUCAUCGUGGUGGCGAGCGUCAUCGCCGUUGCCGCCUUCUUCAUGCCGACACCAGACAAGUUGAAGAAGAAGAAGAAGACUAAGGAGGGGCACACGCCUCUCGUCAACAACUUUGAGUAGGCCGACGCAUGAGGAUGGUGGUGACAACAGUGGCUGAUGAUUGAUGAUUGAUGAUUGAUGAUUGUUGGUGGCGGCAGUGGUUGUGGUGGUGGUGGCACUGCUGCUAUUCCUGCUGCUGUUUCUCCUGCUGCUGCUGGUGGUGGUUGUAGAUUUGUCUCUGUGCUGUUUGCUUCCUUCUCUUCCUACAACGUACGCAUAUCGUGCCACGACCUGCUUGCUUGCUUGUGCAUGUUUCGUUAUCUUCCCCCUUACCCUUUGACACUGCGGUCUUGAUGCUUGAUGUGCCUCUCUCGCUCUCUCGCUCUCUCGCUCUCUCGCUCUGUUGUGAC